AUGGGCUCCCUUUCCAAUCAACAUUUUACAGGGGGCUGUGCAAAGAUCGAGGAGGAAGCGACAGCCACAGACGAAGACGUGGACUCUUCUCGAGGUAGCGGCGUGUGCAAAUGGUUCAACGUGCGAAUGGGCUUCGGGUUCCUCUCCAUGAUAAAUAGAGACGGUACACCGCUCGAGGAGCCUGUCGAUGUGUUCGUUCAUCAGAGCAAACUGCACAUGGAGGGCUUCCGCAGCCUGAAGGAGGGUGAGGAGGUAGAGUUCACCUUUAAGACGUCCUCCAAGGGCCUGGAGUCCAUGAGGGUGACGGGGCCGGGGGGAGCGCCGUGUGUGGGCAGCGAGAAGAAGCCAAAAGGGGCCCAGAAAAGACGCUCGAAAGGAGACAGAUGUUACAACUGUGGAGGACCUGACCAUCAUGCCAAAGAAUGCCAGUUGCCCCCUCAGCCUAAAAAGUGCCAUUUCUGCCAGAGCACCUCCCACAUGGUGGCCAACUGCCCAAUCAAAGCACAGCAGUCCUCCCCGGGCUCUCAGGGAACCAUGACCUUGCUGAGGGAGGAGGAGGAGGAGGGGCAUGCGGGGGCACCUUUGCCCCCAGAGAGCUCCGACGAAUGA